AUGAAGACCAUGAAAACGAUCGAAGGAGUAAGUAGAACGAGGAGCAUAGAAGUUACUGAAAGUCGAACGCAGAAGACUGAAAAGCGAGCUCGACCGCCAAGUCGACGAUCAUCUCGUAUGAGACGAGAAGAUUCCAGUAGAAUGAAAUCCGUGAAGACACAACACGAUGACGGCACUAUUAAGACUGUGAACAUAAAACAGCUUUCACGUGUGCUCGCUGUAGAGCCGGUGUUGACCAUGCAAUCUGUCAAGCUGAAAGAAAUCAAAGGCAUUGAAGAACUGAAAGCGGUCGGAACGCAAGAGGAUGAAAUUAUCACUCUAACAAGGCUCGACGACGACCCGACCAUCAUUCAACAACCGCCGAAUCGUUAUGAAAAAGCUGCAAGCGACAAACAAAUGGUCGUUGAUCCAGAGCGGGUUGAAAAACGAGGAAAUAUCGACAAUAUGUAUACGAAGCUGAAAACGCAGUUCAUUGACCAACUUCGUGAGAUAGAACUACCAUCAGAUCGAGAAAUGCCAGAGAAACAGCAAGACGCAUCGCGCAGUAGAAGAAAGGCCAAGUGCGCUACUGUGUGGUCGUGA